AUGAAGAAUCGCACUCCAGUAACUGAGUUUGUCCUUCUGGGAAUCCCUCACACUGAGGGGCUGGAGAACCUGCUCUUCGUCCUGUUUCUGGCCUUCUACCUGCUCACUCUGCUGGGAAACCUGCUCAUCCUCUCAGCUGUUCUCACUUCCCCCAACCUCCACACCCCCAUGUAUUUCUUCCUGGGGAGCCUCUCAGUGUUCCACAUCUUUUUCCCAUCGGUGAGUUCUCCCAAAAUGAUGCUCUACCUGAUGGGGCAAAGCCGCACCAUCCCUUACUGGGGCUGUGCCUGCCAGCUCUUCUUCUACCACUUCCUGGGCUGCACUGAGUGUUUCCUGUACACCAUGAUGGCCUACGACCUCUGUGCGGCCAUCUGUCACCCUUUGCGAUACUCAGUCAACCGGGUGUGCAUCGUCAUGCCUCUGGGCACCUGGCUGGGGAGCUGUCUGCAUGCGUCUGUCCUCACUGUUCUCAUCUUCAGGCUCCCCUACUGCGGCCCCAACGAGGUGGACAGGUUUUUCUGUGAUAUUCCAGCGGUGCUGCCCUUGGCCUGCGCAGACACCUCUCUAGCCCAGAUGGUGAGCUUCAUCAACAUGGGUGUGGUUGCGCUCCUGUGUUUUCUUCUCAUUCUCGCUUCUUAUACUCGCAUGGUUAUCUCUGUACUGAAGAUCGGCUCCUCAGAAGGCAGGCGCAGAGCCUUCUCCACCUGCAGUGCCCAUCUGACUUCCAUCCUGCUCUACGGGCCGGUGGUCCUCGUUUAUCUCCGACCCGCCUCCAGCCCUUGGCUGGACUCUGUGGUUCAAGUUCUGAAUAACAUUGUGACCCCUUCCCUGAACCCUUUGAUAUAUUCCUUGAGAAACAAGGACGUGAAGUCGGCGCUAGGAAAG